AUGCCUACCAUCCCACCCACGAUAGAGACAACAAUGACACAAACAUCCACAAUCGAUAGCGCUACAAGCUUGCUCAAGCGUAGCAGCAUGAGCAACCCCGACAAAUACCCCCUCUACAUCUUCCUCAUCCUCGCCGGAUGUAUUGUAGGAGGAGUCAUCGGGUUCAGCAUAUACUCCAUGUACUACGGCCUCGACGAUUCAGGCACGUUCAAGGACGUGGGCUACGAGCAACGAAAAUACAUGCGCGAGACCAGGCAGCGGACUAUGAACAUGCUAGCUGUUGAGGCGAGGAGACCUGAUAUGAUUGUUCCCGUCGGGGAAUUGGAUGCUUGA